AUGGACGGUGUAGCUGAAUCUCAGAGAACUCUGUACCCAUACGUGACUGGAUCCUCUGUAGUUGCUAUCAAAUACAAAGAUGGGAUUCUCAUGGCCGCUGAUAUGGGAGGUUCAUAUGGAUCUACUCUGCGCUACAAGAGUGUUGAGCGUAUCAAGCCUGUCGGAAAACAUUCUCUCCUUGGUGCUAGCGGGGAGAUAAGUGACUUUCAGGAGAUUCUGCGCUACCUUGAUGAGCUUAUCCUUUACGACAACAUGUGGGAUGAUGGGAAUUCUCUAGGACCGAAGGAGGUUCACAAUUAUUUAACCCGCGUGAUGUACAAUAGGCGGAACAAGUUCAAUCCAUUGUGGAAUGCACUAGUGCUUGGUGGAGUUAAAAACGGCCAGAAGUACCUUGGCAUGGUUAAUAUGAUUGGCAUCAACUUUGAGGACAACCAUGUAGCAACUGGGCUUGGAAAUCAUCUUGCUAGGCCAAUUCUUCGUGAUGAGUGGCAUGAAAACUUGACCUUUGAAGAGGGUGUCAAGUUGUUAGAAAAGUGCAUGCGUGUGCUUUUGUACCGGGAUAGGUCUGCAGUCAACAAAAUCCAGAUAUCUAAAAUUACUGACGAAGGCGUCACUGUUUUCCCACCAUUCUCUUUGAAAACGUACUGGGAGUUCUCUGCCUUCAAGAAUCCAACUGUGGGUGCUGAAGGUUCAUGGUAG